CUGAAGGACUAAGUAAGCAUCUCCGAAGUAGAUGCGCGGAAUCGGCAUGGCGUCCACUCAGUCUCCUGUUUUGUCCGAGAGAGACAAGAUGCUCCGGGGCGAGCUCUAUUACGCCUUCACCCCGGAUCUGAUCGCCGCGCGGGCUCGCUGUAGCCGUGCGACUCGCCAGUUCAAUAACGCGGGGGACGUCUCUCGUCGGCGACUAGUCGAGCUUUGGCAAGAGUGAGUACGAGGCUAAUGGCAUGCCGUGGGAUUCAUCUCUUGGCCCGGUUUAUAUCGCUCUCACCUCGUCCGAAUUCCCUACGGGUGUCGAGGUACUCUACUCACACGACGUCGGCAGGGUCACUGAGGAUAAAACCCCUCUGCCUCCCCCGAAGGAGGACCCCGCGGAAGACGACGCUCUCUUCGAACAAGAGCCGUGGAUCGAGCCCCCCGUCCGCAUUGACUACGGGUUCAACGUGAGAGUAGGAGAAGGUGUCUACAUCAAUUCUAACUGCGUGAUCCUGGAUACUUGUCCGGUGACUAUCGGAGCCCGAACCUUGUUCGGUCCCAACGUACACUUGUAUAGCGGCACGCAUCCGUUGGACCCGGAGUUGCGCAACGGGACCAAGGGCCCCGAGAUGGGAGCAGACGUUGUGAUCGGCGAGGAUUGUUGGCUAGGGGGCAACGUGACGGUCCUUCCGGGGGUGACGAUCGGUAAAGGUGCGGUGGUCGGGGCCGGAAGCGUGGUCACUAAGGUAGUAGAGUAUUGGAGCCUUGGUUGAUUCCGAUAUACAGAGUACUGAUCAGAUGUCUAGGACGUUCCUGCUUUUCAUGUGGUUGCGGGUAACCCGGCAAGGGUCCUUCGCAAGAUU